AUGGCUCCAAAGAGGUCAGCUUCGAUGCUGUUGGCUUCCAUGAUCCUUCUUCACUGGGCGACUUUUUCUGUCCAAUCAGCUCUUUCAACCUCAGCAAUCGGCAUACAGCUGCCAUAUGAAAGUAGAGAGAAAACAGAGAAGACCCUAAAUGUUGCAAAAGAAUCUCUGUCUCUUUUCAAAGAUGCCAUGGGAAGUAUGGACUCCAAGAAGCUGUCAGAUGUAAUGAAAGGCAUCUCCAGCUUCGCUAGUUUUGCACCAGGAGUUGGAGCUGUGGUCUUCUCUGUCGUCAACAUGGUCCUGGCCUUUAUCCCUCUCGAUGAUCCAGUGCUGAAUGAGGUACAGAAAGGUUUUGCUGAGGUGAACCAGAAACUGGACUCUCUGUCCAUUAAGAUCUCCAACCUGGCCACAGACAUAGAAUGGUUCAAUUAUGCCAGCAUCUAUUCCAGAGACGAACUUACUAUCCUCAACACCUGGGAGAAGCUUGGCGAGUUUCUGCAUAGAACAGAAUCACAAAGUCCCAAAGAAACAGCUAAAAAAAUUAAAAUUUUCACCAGUUACUAUGAAAGUUCAGGAGCUGAGUCCAGUGUGUCCAACCUUUACCGCUACCUGACAGUGGACAGCACGUCUCUGAGUGAAAACCUCAACAGUCUGCUGAAGAAGAAGUUUAAAUGUGACAUUUAUAUGAUCAGCAAAUAUAACCUGUACUUGAGCAGCUUGUUUUGGAAAGGGAUGAUACUCAACCAGUUCUACUGGAAACUGACUGGUGUCAAAAGCAAAGCAGCUGAACCUGGGCAGAUGUUCAAGAAGGUCUCUGAAGCUCAGUUAUCAUCUGUGGAGUUCUGUCUCACCAACUACAAGCAAUACUUAAAGAAAGAUGUGGAAGAGAUCACCAAAGAUCAAGGUUCUGACCAAAACUCCCUCGCUCUUCAGGUGAAAGAAGCUUUGGACAAGAAGUACAGCUGGUACAACUGGGUGGUGGUGGUGUUUGACAAAAGUCAGAACAAAAAUCUUAUGCUUAAUGCCGAGUUUACCUUCAGCAGUGGCGACCUCGUAGUUGCUGUAGAGUACACUGUAAAGGCAGACACGACACAUGUCGAAGAGGUGAAGACUACAGCCACAGACUGUUUUGAAAAUAAGAAGUGUGAACCUAAGACAAUUUCAAAAUUCUUUAUAUCUGCACAGAGAUGCAGUAAUAUUUUUUUCCCAAAGGAUCAUGAUGAGAAAAUUACUAUCCCUUUGACAAAAUAUACCAAAGUUUCACUCGUUGCGUAUGGAGAUCAAUUUAUAGAGGUGCCAACACCGUUUCACCGAGUGAAAUGUUCCUGGAGCGGCUAUGACAGUUGGACUUCUGUUCAUUACUCCAGACUCUUACCUGUCUGUGUUAACAAUCAAUGUAAGAAUAAUGGGACAUGCAAGAGGCUGCUGCGGUCCAACGAGUGGUUUUGCGAGUGUCCUGACAGCUACUAUGGAGACACGUGUGAAAAGCAAAUGAUUGUGCCAGAGCCUGACCUCCCACUGGCACCAGAGCCUGACCCCACGCUGGCACCAGUCCCAAGCAGCCCUGUAGAGUCCAAACAGCUCAGUGGUCCCUGCUUGGAGUUAAAAAGACGCAGAGAACACCAGGAUAGCAGAAAUCCAUGA